UAUGUUUUUACUUUUUCUCCUCUAGGUGAAGAAGAGUAUGAAAUGGACAUGUAAAGUGUGUGGUGAGAAGCAGUCACUGAUGCAGGAGUUUGGUCGAGGCACUGCAGCUGACUGCAGACGUCAUGUUCAGAAGCUGAAUACUCUGCGUGGACAGAUGCUGGAGAUGAACAGCUGUUGUCACAGUGGGAACAGGAUGAAAACUAUGAGAACGAAGAUGUUCAUGAAAGUCUGGUCCAAAACCAUGAAUCAGAGCAGGAAGUGGCUCGUGUCAGUCGCUGGAGUAAAUACACCGAUCAAACAGCUGAGGGUCCAAAUGGACAUGAAGAUGAAGAAGACCAGAACGUUUAUACAGAAAGACACAGAUUCAGACGCCAAGGAACCAGGAAAAGGAAGAAAAUCUGUACUUAAGUCUUUUGGUGGCCCUUAUGAUAACUGUGAGGAUGAGGAGUCGUGGACUGGUUGUUCUGGGCUUAAGAGACAGCCGUAUCUGCAUGACAGGAGGUUCAAUUAAUCGUGGAAUAAAGGAUUUGCUUCCAAAUAUUCCUCCUGUGGCAGGUCAGGUGACGUGGAGCCGUGCACUAGCACUAAUCACCCAUCAUCCCGUCAGGCUGAUUGUUACCCUACAGCCAGCUCCAGCUCCAGCUCCACAUACGUAGCGGAAAACUCUGGUGAAAAUAAACAGCAGUGUAACUCAUCACAUAAGCCGCCAGCAGUUGUGGUAACCAAAGGUCUUCUCCUGCACAGCAAAUGUCCUUCUGUUUCUUCUCAUCAGAAUUGAGAAUAAGAAAUCAAAAUGGAAUGAAUUCCUCACCGUU